UCUGUCAGGUAUGCACAUCCAUCCAGUUCCAUUAUUCACUCAUCAAACAACAACAAUAAUAAUAUAAUACAAUAAAUUAAUUAAAUCAAAAUUUCAUUCCUACUACUCUCUCACACACAAAUCCAUCAACCCUUUCCUAGGGUUUCAAAUUGAAAUUUCAAAUUUCAAUCAAUUAAUCAUGUCUUUGAGACCUAGCGCGAGAACCGAGGUUCGUCGGAACCGUUACAAAGUCGCCGUCGACGCUGAGGAAGGACGGCGACGGAGAGAAGAUAAUAUGGUUGAGAUCCGUAAAAAUAAAAGAGAGGAAAACUUACUUAAGAAACGUCAAGUUGUUCCUUCUGCUGCUACUGGCGGUGUUGCUGCUCUUCCUGUUCAAUCUUCCACUAUCGAGAAAAAAUUGGAGAGCCUUCCUUCUAUGGUUGCUGGAGUAUAUUCAAAAGAUGGGAGUCUACAGCUGGAGGCAACUACUCAAUUUCGGAAAUUACUCUCUAUAGAACGGAGUCCUCCAAUUGAGGAAGUUAUACAAUCGGGGGUCGUACCUCGCUUUGUUGAGUUCUUAAUGAGGGAGGAUUUUCCACAGCUCCAGUUCGAAGCUGCUUGGGCUCUCACAAACAUUGCUUCAGGUACAUCUGAGAAUACUAAGGUUGUAAUUGAUCAUGGGGCUGUCCCAAUUUUUGUGAAGCUUCUUGGUUCCCCAAGUGACGAUGUUCGUGAGCAGGCUGUUUGGGCAUUGGGAAAUGUUGCUGGAGAUUCACCUAGGUGCCGUGAUCUCGUCCUUGGUCAAGGAGCCUUGAUUCCUUUACUGGCUCAGUUGAACGAGCAUGCUAAACUUUCCAUGCUGAGAAAUGCCACCUGGACAUUAUCAAAUUUCUGUCGUGGAAAACCACAACCGCCUUUCGAACUGACAAAGCCGGCACUUCCUGCUCUUGAACGUCUUGUUCACUCGAAUGAUGAAGAGGUUUUGACAGAUGCUUGCUGGGCUCUCUCCUAUUUGUCUGAUGGUACAAAUGACAAAAUUCAAGCUGUAAUUGAGGCGGGUGUUUGCCCACGUCUGGUUGAGCUGCUCCAACAUCCUUCUCCUUCUGUACUCAUUCCUGCACUGCGAACUGUUGGGAACAUCGUUACUGGAGAUGAUCUCCAAACUCAGUGUAUUAUUGAGCACGGUGCACUUCCAUGCCUGCUGAACUUGCUUACAAAUAACCAUAAAAAGAGCAUCAAGAAGGAAGCAUGUUGGACAAUCUCAAACAUCACUGCAGGAAACAAAGAACAAAUACAGGCAGUAAUUGGAGCAGGGUUAAUUGGCCCCCUUGUGAAUCUACUACAGACAGCUGAAUUUGACAUAAAGAAAGAAGCUGCCUGGGCAAUUUCAAAUGCCACUUCUGGUGGUAACAAUGAACAGAUCAAGUACUUGGUGAACCAGGGAUGUAUAAAACCCCUAUGUGAUCUUCUUGCAUGUCCCGAUCCAAGGAUCGUGACUGUUUGUUUAGAAGGACUUGAGAACAUACUCAAAGUUGGGGAAGCCGAGAAGAAUUUGGGGCAUUCAGGAGAUGUUAAUAUUUAUGCUCAGUUAAUAGAUGAUGCAGAGGGUCUUGAAAAGAUUGAGAAUUUGCAGAGCCAUGACAAUAAUGAAAUUUAUGAGAAAGCAGUUAAGAUUCUUGAGACGUACUGGUUGGAAGAAGAAGAGGAGGCUGUAGGAGAUGUUGCACAACCUGGCUUUAACUUUGGAGCAAAUAAUGUUCAAGUUCCACCCGGUGGGUUCAACUUCAACAACUGAAGGUUUUUGGACGGUGAAUAGCAUUUUGCUAUCGUUAAGGUCAAGUUGAGUCCGGUCAGGUCGAGUUGAGUCCGGUCAGGUCGAGUCAGGUCAGAUCAGGUCAGGUCAGGUCAGAUCAGAGCAUCACAUGUUAGACUGGUUACCCAUUACAGGUCGGUUCCAGCUAAGGUCAGUUUUCGAAGGAGAUGAGAAGUUGGUUGAUUAGUGGGGCAUUGGUUUUACCGUAUGAGUUUUAUCUCUCUUUUAUAUAGUGUGAGAAAGAGAUGGGAAUGAUGUUCUUUUUUUGUUUCUUCCAAAUGCCAAAGUUAUGUGGUGUCUUUCUGAGUCUUCAUUUUCAUAACAUUGUUUGAACGCUUCAUCAUACAGUCUAAAAAUACAAUUAUGUUACACUGUUACAAGUUAUUAGAAAUUUCAGUGUCUUAUUAA